AAAACCAGAUUCUCUCUCUUAUUGUUACAGUUGUGAGUCUGGGGACAGACCUUUAGCCAAGUAAAAAGCUUUACAAAAGAAACAAAGAAAAACCCAAACCCCAGACUAGCCCUUGUUUUUUCUUGUUCAUUUCUUUUCUCUUUCCUUGCAUGAGGCAGGGCCAUGAUUUGAGUGAACCAGACAAAGGUUUCCUCAUUGUCCAAAACCUAUCUUCUUCAACUUCCUUAUUCUUUUUUUUUUUUUUCUGAUUGGACCCGUUAAAAUAAAAAAUUGGGUAAUGCUGCUUUUGUUUGGUUGGUGGUCUGGUGAAAUGAGUGAUCUUUACUUUCCCCGGAAAAUGAGGGAAAGUUUGAGAAAAUAAGUAUAGGCCAAAACCAGCUAAUACACCAAGAUUUUUACUUUUUUUUUUUGGUUUCAUACACUUUCACUCUUCUUUUUCUUCCUUUCCUGUUUUUGUUUUACUUUUUGCUGGGGCUGCAUCAUUUGAUGCGAAAAUGAGGAAGCAUGGAUGGCAGCUUCCUUAUCAUCCACUCCAGGUGGUGGCUGUUGCUGUGUUCUUGGCACUUGGAUUUGCUUUCUAUGUGUUCUUUGCUCCAUUUGUUGGGAAGAAGAUGUUUCAAUAUAUUGCGAUGGGAAUCUAUACUCCUCUUAUUACAUGUUGCUUUGGCCUAUAUAUUUGGUGUGCGGCGGCAGAUCCUGCAGAUCCUGGAGUCUUUAAGUCCAAAAAGUAUCUCAAAAUUCCCGAAAACGGAAAGUGUGCUGGACCAAAGGAUUCUAAAUUAGGUGGGGAUUCAACUACGUCGUUGCAUGAUGAUAAUGCUACUUCAGCUGGAGGAAAAACUCUGGAAAAGGAUGCAGCAGCUACAGGUGAAACCUUGAAAGACACCGGUGUUGAAAUUGGGGCAAACGAUGCUUCAUUGAAGCAAUCGUCUUGUUUGCUAUGGAUUUUCUUUCCUUGUGCUUUUUUCUGCAAAUGCUCUAGCUCAAACAAAGAAUCUUCUGAGCAACAGAUGAGUGAAGAUGGCAUGUUUUAUUGCAGUUUGUGUGAAGUUGAGGUUUUCAAAUAUAGCAAGCACUGCAGAGUCUGUGACAAAUGUGUUGACCAUUUCGAUCAUCACUGCAGGUGGCUAAACAAUUGCAUAGGCAAAAGGAACUACCGACAAUUUUUCACUCUCAUGGUUUCUGCCCUUCUAUUGCUUAUUCUACAAUGGUCGACUGGAAUCCUUGUACUUAUCUGCUGUUUCAUUGAGAGGAAGCAGUUUUCUUUGGAUAUUGCAUCGAAGUUGGGAAGCAGUUUCUCUUUGGUUCCAUUUGUUAUUGUGGUUGCGUUGUGCUCCAUUUUGGCUAUGAUUGCAACAUUACCUCUUGCACAGCUUUUCUUCUUUCACAUUCUACUCAUGAAAAAGGGAAUCACCACGUAUGAUUACAUAAUAGCUUUGCGUGAGCAGGAGCAAGAGCAACAAGGAGUUGUUGGUCAGCACAGUCCACAAAUGUCUCCUGUCAGCUCACUUACUGGAUUAAGUAGUGCUAGUUCCUUUUCUACUUUUCACAGGGGUGCAUGGUGUACUCCCCCACGCCUGUUCCUUGAAGAUCAGUUUGACGUUGUUCCUCCGGAUACUGCAUCUGUGAGUUCAUUUGGAAAAAAAAUGGCAGGGGAGGAACCGAUUAGGAAGAAGAACCCCGGAGCAGUUAAGAUCAGUCCAUGGAUGUUGGCACGGUUAAAUGCGGAAGAUGUUUCAAAAGCCGCAGCUGAAGCAAGGAAAAAGUCAAAAAUCCUGCAGCCUGUGGUGAGACAUGAAGCCCCUUUUGGGCCAGAAGCUGACAGCAGCUUUGGCAGCAGUGGCAGGCGAAUGUUCCCCAGACCUGAUGGCAACAGAAGAAGAGCAUCUAAGCGGGUGCGUCUUCCAGCUGACCUGCCCCUGGAGCCCUUAAUGAACAUUCCUGCUAAAGCAGCUGAAAAAGGUUUCAAUGACACAUCAAGUAGUUUGGCACCUCUUCAGCGGGAAGCUCUAAGUGCUUUCCAAACUAGCCGAGCAAUGUCAGGCUCUGUUGGGAUUGUUGCCUCUUCACCUGAGAGCAGUUUAGACUCACCAGAUAUUCAUCCAUUUCGAGUCUCUUCAUCAGGAGCUGAAGAAUCAACACGACUUACAGGUUUACCUCCUGUCACAAUGGGUGCUCAGAAGGGAUUUCCAUUGUCGAGAUCUACUAGUGAUGGGUAUGAAGCAUCUGGUGGGGAAGAUAGUGAUCGAGUUCCUUCCAGAAUGAUCCAGAGAUCAACAAACUGGAGCAAUGUUCUCUUUGGUUCUGAACAGGAUGAGAGGGUUGUUAAACUAAAAGCACCAUCUUCUUCCAGCCAGACUAACAAUAGAAUGCUGUGACUUAUUGUGAAUCAAUGACGUUAAUUGAUUUGGAUUAAAAAGUUCAUUCUUUAAUUUAUGGACGUGAGAAUUACAAGUACCAGAGAGACAAUCCUCGUUCAAUUGAUUUGGAAUUUUUUGAAUAUUGGCUUUUGAGAUCCUCAAAGUCAGGGCCUCAUGGGAAGGGAUGACGACGGCUGUAAAGACGACUCUGAUUUCCAUCGAGGCAACACUAGCUACACGAGUUUCAUUGAAGAGUCAGUUAUUUGGCACUUGCAUUUGUGGGAUUGACAAGAAGGAAAGGUUUUUUGUAUGUCCUGGGUAUAACACUCCAUUGUAUUUGCGUGUGGGUUUUGGUGAAAGUGAUUCCUCAUGGUACUUCUCUUGAACAUUUCCUGAUUUUCUGGAAGAAAGUGAAAAAAUUUACGUACAGCCCAUGUUGAAUCA